CUUCCUCGACCUAGCGGGAGGCGGGAGGCCGGUCCGGCUCGGCCCAUUCAGAGGAGAACGAAGGAAGGACGCGCCGACGGGCGGGAGGAGCGAGCCUGCCUGCCUGCCUGCCUUUCCGUCCUCCUUUUCCGUCCUCCCUUGCUUCCCUCCGUCUUCUGCGGCCUCCGAGCGAGAGCGCAGAGCCAAGAGGAAGACUCUGACUGCGAAGGCACCCACCACCCAUGGCAACCAUCCUGGCAGCUACCCGCAUCUCCCGGCCUCUUGCCCAGCUGGCUGUGAAAGCCCCACAUCUCAAGGAUGUAGCCACUAGUAUUCGGGUCCCCCCAGACGUUUGCUUCCCUGCCUCAAGCCUGCAGGGCCGGUGCUCCUAUGGGACAGAAGUAGAAGAGAUUGGCGAAAGACCCGUCCUCAUCACCGGCUGUGACUCUGGCUUUGGCUUUGCGCUUGCCAGGCACCUGCACGAGAAGGGCUUCAUCAUUUAUGCCGGCUGCCUGCUCAAGGAGCAGGGACGGGGAGGCUCCAAGGACCUGGACAACAUGAAGAGUGACCGGAUGAGGACCGUCCAGCUCAACGUCUGUGACAGCGAGGACGUGGCACGCGCUGUGGACUACAUGACGUCCAGCAUGAAGAACCCACAGGCCGGGCUCUGGGGCUUGGUCAACAAUGCCGGCAUCUCCACCUUCGGAGAGGUUGAGUUCACCAGCAUGGACACGUACAAGGAGGUGGCAGAAGUCAACCUGUGGGGGACGAUCCGCACCACCAAGGCCUUCCUUCCUCUCAUCCGCAGAUCCAAAGGCCGUGUUGUGAACAUCAGCAGCAUGAUGGGGCGGAUGGCGAACCCUGCGCGCUCCCCCUACUGCAUCACUAAGUUUGGGGUGGAAGCCUUUUCUGACUGCCUGCGCUAUGAGAUGCGCCCCCACGACGUGAAGGUCUGCAUUGUGGAGCCCGGGAACUUCAUUGCCGGCACCAGCCUGUACAGCCCCGAUCGCAUUAAGGCCAUCGCCGAUAAGAUGUGGGACGAGCUGCCCGAAAUCGUGCGCCGCGAUUAUGGCCGGAAGUACUUUGACGAGCAGAUUGCCAAGAUGGAGUCAUACUGCAGCAGCGGCUCCUCCGACACGUCUCCUGUGAUCGACAGCAUCGCUCACGCCCUGACCUCCAUCUCGCCCUACACCCGGUACCACCCCAUGGACUACUACUGGUGGCUGAGGAUGCAGGUCAUGACCCACAUGCCGGCCGCUAUCUCUGAUCGCCUCUACAUUUAUUGAGGGAGGGGGGGAGGGGGGAGGGGGCAGAGCCUCCUGCACUUGAAUAUUCAGGAAGGGAAACUAAUUUUAGAGGUUACGCUGUACAAAUUUCCCAGUAGUCACUUGGUUAGUUCAUUUUGAAGUACUGUAUUUUAGGCCUAAGCUGUUGUUAAUUUAAACAUUUGAGCAUAAUUUAAUCUUUGCAUGGUGUGUCUCGUGAGCAGAAAUAUGUUGUGUAUUUCAGAGGGACCCGCUCAGUGCUAUUUAUUUUAAAUACUCCCAUUUUCCCUGGUUCAUCUCGGCUGUUAAGGUAAAGUCUUGAUUGCAUUAACAGUUCUUCUGACGAAUCAGGACUUUGGGGAUCCAAUCUCCAUUGGAAGCUGUUACUGGGAGGGCACCUCCCGCAAGCAGUUGCUGCUCUUGCAGUUGCAGGCCAGACAAGAGCGCCCCUGGCUCCUUCCAUCUCUCCCUCCAGAUGGGUGCUGGUGAUAUGGCCUGUUAUGGGGGCAGGGGGGGAGAGACUGGAUCCGAGGAAGCCAUCGGGACAGGCUGCAGCUGCGGCCGCUUUUCCUCUUGCACCCUCCUCUCCGAGGGCUCUGUGGACCAGGGACCCGCCUGCCAGCUGUACCUGCAGCACUCACGGCUGCUGACAGGCUCAUUCCUGCUGCAGCCCUGCCUGUAAGCAGCUCACUCCUGCAGCAGCUGGGGAUGCAGCGAGGACCCCCUUGCUGCUGCUGCUUCUGCCUGGAUGCUUUGCAUUAGAGUCCCUGUGGCGUGUGGUUGGCUGGUGAUGGCUGCAGAGGCUGGGGGGAAGCCUCUGGAGAGCCCCAGUCCCUGGAUUUGCUCUGCCUCAUUCGCCGCAUGUCAUUAGGGUUAGGGUAGCAAUGAUGGGUCACUUCCCUUGGCACUGAAUGUCACUUUCCGGGACUCCUUCCAGCACGCGGGGCUGCGGAUGGCGCCUGCCCCCCACCGCCAUCUGGGCACUGCAGCAAUAAGUUGCCCCUGUAAGUAACGCGCACCAGAGGGCAUGCCACCGGUCAUCCCAGUGGCAUCUUGCCAGGGACUUGAUUAGGAGCACCCCUCUUGAAAGGGAACAAGCCCUGCGAGGUAGGACAGCAGAGCCUCUGCUGCUGCCACCCCUGUGGUGUCUUCAGCUGUAGGGACAUUGUUUUUGUACAAAAGGGCCACUUGAAGAGAUUUUUGUGAUGCUUCAGAGGCAAACAAAACCGUCACUGGAAGCUUAUGAAAGUGUUUGUGAAAGUGGAAGGAUGGGGGGCACAAAGGGGUGUCACACUUGGGUGUAAAGUGGGAAGAGUCUGUGAUCAAAUAUCCUCUGCCUUGAUUAACAUUAAACAACAGUGACGAAG